AAGAGUCUCUUUGUUUGUUAAUUCUUCCUCCUCACAAGAAAGCUAUACAAUCGUGAUCCUCUCUUGAAUAUACCAAUGGAUUCUAUUUUUCCCCUACCAAUGUUGCUGCUGCUGCAAUCAGCUUCUACGCGUACAAUAUUUUUCAACCGAAAAUCUUCCAGAUGGAUAAGAAGAAGACAAAAGGAAGGGUUUUGAAGUUUCAUUAACCUCAGAAAAGCUAAAAGUGGAAGGGAUAAAGCUGGACGACCUCUUUUUUCUACGAAACUUCCUUUCUCGCUUUAUCUUUUUAUCUCUUAGUCUCAGAAGUCAACAGUUUCUGUGUUAACAAAGCCUCCUCUUUAUCAAUUCUUCCUCCCAGAUCUUGAUCCUAGUAUUAAAUUCCUAUUUAUCCCUUUCUGAUACAAUUAUUUCAACAGAAAAUCUUCCAGAUCUCAUCAUCAAGAAAACAAUACAAUGGCUUCUUCUUCUUCUUUAACUCUUUUGGCACCAACGUCUUCUUCUUCUUCUUCGCCUCCCAAUUGUGAACGCCAUGUCUUCCCAAGCUUCCACGGGGCUGAUGUCCGCAAAUCCUUUCUGAGCCACGUUCUCAAGGAGCUCAGAAGCAAAGGAAUCGACCUAUUCCUUGACAAUGAUAUGGAGAGAAGUAAAUCGAUAGGUCCUGAGCUCGUAGAAGCUAUAAGAGGAUCGAGGAUUGCGAUUGUCUUGCUCUCUAAGAACUAUGCUUCGUCCACAUGGUGCUUGAACGAGCUGGCUGAGAUCAUCAAGUGCAGAGAACGGUUUGGUCAAACAGUGAUACCCCUUUUCUAUGAACUGGAUCCAACUGAUGUAAAGAAGCAGACCGGUGACUUUGGGAAGGUCUUCUUAAAGACUUGCAAAGGUAAAGCACAUGAAGACAUCCAGAGGUGGAAAUGUGCUCUGACGGAAGUGGCUCAAAUCACAGGUUACCAUUCAACAAACUGGAAGACUGAAGCAAAUAUGAUUGAAGAUAUUGCCACUGAAGUUUCUAACAAGUUGAACCUUUCAGCACCAUCCAGUGAUUUCGACUACUUAGUUGGGAUAGAAUCUCAGAUGACACGAAUGAGACCAUUUUUACAGCUAGACUCGGAUGAUGUGAGAAAAAUAGGGAUUUGGGGCCCGCCUGGGAUUGGUAAGACCAUUGUUGCUAGAUCUUUAUUCAACCGUUACUCUCAAGAUUUUCAACUGAGUGUCUUUAUAGAUAAUAUCAAAACAAAGUAUGCCAUACCAGCUUCUUCCGAUGACUACAGUGUGAAGUUGUAUUUACAGAAGCAGCUUAUGUCUCAACUAACCAACGAGACAGGUAUCAGUAUUUCACAUUUGGGAGUCGUCAAAGAUAGGUUGAGAGAUAAGAAAGUUCUUGUGGUCCUUGAUGAUGUGGAUCAUUUAGUACAACUGGAAGCCAUGGCAAAAGAAACUUAUUGGUUUGGUCCUGGGAGUCGGAUUAUAGUAACAACACAAGAUCAAAGGGUUUUAAAAGCAAGUGGGAUCAACCAUAUACACAGGGUGAAAUUACCAUCAUAUGGUGAAGCUCUUCAAAUGUUCUGCAUGUAUGCUUUUGAUCAGAAAUACCCAAAGGAUGGUUUCGAGAAGCUUUGUUGUGAAGUUGUGAAUCUUGUAGGUAGACUUCCGUUGGGGAUAAAAGUUAUGGGCUCAUAUUUUCGGGGAAUGUCUGAGCAAGAUUCGACAGAGGCUCUACCAAGAUUAAAGGCACACCUUGACCGAGAUGGAGAAAUUGCAAACAUUUUAAAGUUUAGUUAUGAUGCCUUAAAUGAUGAAGAUAAAAGAUUAGUUCUCCAUAUAGCCUGCUUUUUCAACGGUGAACGAAAUGGUAUGGUGGAAAGUUGUCUAGAAAAAUCUUUUGAGGAUGUAAGACAAGGGCUUCGCGUCUUAUCUGAAAAAUCUCUCAUAUCUAUUGAAAAUAGAUGGAUAUAUAUGGAUAAGUUGCUAGUCCAACUUGGAAAACAAGUUGUGCGAAAAGAAUCUGUUAGUGAACCUGGAAAACGCCAGUUUUUGAUUGAUGCAAUCGAUAUUGGUGAAGUACUUCAUGAUGAUAAAGCUGGUAGUAGCAGUGUCAUAGGAAUAUCUUUUGAGCAUACGGAGGCCAUAACAUGGACGGGUGAAAGAUCCUUUGAAAGAUUGUCUAAUCUUCAGUUUUUAAAAAUUCAUGGUCAUGGCAUCAAUCCGAAAAGUAUGAAUUACAUGUCCCGAAAACUAAGAGUACUAGAUUGGCGGAAGUUCAACAUGUCAUGUUUUCCUUCAAAUUUUAAUCCAGAGUUCCUAGUCGAACUACGCAUGACUGAUAGCAGUCUUGAGAAAUUGUGGGAAGGAAAUAAACCGCUAAGCAAUCUCAAGCGGAUGGAUUUGAGUUCUUCAAGAAGAUUGAAAGAGCUUCCUGAUCUCUCAACUGCCACUAAUCUAUAUGACUUGAACCUCAACUGUUGCUCAAGCCUGCUGACGCUCCCUUCCUCUAUUGGGAGCGCAAUUAAUCUGAAAUACUUGGAUCUCUGUCUUUGUUCGAGUCUGGUGGAGCUACCUUCUUCUAUGAGAAACCUUCGUAAAUUGUCGAGAUUGGUAUUAUACAAAUGCUCAAAGUUAGAGGUUGUUCUGGCCAACAUCAACUUGGAAUCUCUAGAAGAACUCGAUCUCUCAGGUUGCUCUUUGGCGAAAAGUUGUACUGAGAGUUCAACAGAAAUUGAAGAGCUUGAUCCAUGGUAGGGAGAAAAUCUCGUCUACGUCGACUUGUACUAAGGGGAAUGAAGAAGCUGGUAUCACUCCCAACGCUUCCGGAUUGGCUAGGAGAACAUCCCUCAGAUCGCUCUUUGUUGGAAAAUUAUACCGAGAGUUCAACAGAAAUUGAAGAGCUUGAUCCAUCUAUAGGGAGAAUAUCUAGUCUGCAUGAACU